CUGUUCUCUUCUACGUCCGCAGUUCAUGAAUAAAUCCUCAGAGCCUUCCGACCAGCAGCACAUUUCUUUGUGUUCAUCUCGACUGAAGACUUGAAAACAUGUCUGGACGCGGCAAGGGAGGCAAAGGACUCGGUAAAGGAGGCGCCAAGCGGCACCGUAAAGUGCUCCGUGAUAACAUCCAGGGCAUCACCAAACCCGCCAUCCGCCGUCUGGCUCGCCGCGGCGGAGUCAAGCGUAUCUCCGGUCUGAUCUACGAGGAGACCCGCGGUGUGCUCAAGGUCUUCCUGGAGAACGUCAUCCGUGAUGCCGUCACCUACACCGAGCACGCCAAGAGGAAGACUGUGACCGCCAUGGAUGUGGUGUACGCUCUCAAGAGGCAGGGCCGCACCCUGUACGGCUUCGGAGGCUAAACACCACGAGGCUGCUCCAACAACACAACGGCUCUUUUAAGAGCCACCCACACACCUCAAAGAGACGCUUUCUGUUCAUUAGUAACAUUUUA